AUGUUUGAUAUCUUUGGAGAAAACUUGUUAACCCGAAUAAAUACCAAUGCAACAGCUAAAAGUAUUCGUGAAUUUAAGCAAUCAACUAAAACUAAAAAGGCCUUUAAAUGUUUAUUUGAAGUUGAUGAUGAUAGAUCUCUUCCAUACAUUCGGGCAAUAAGAAACAAAGCAUGGGGCAAAAAGAAGACUACUGAAAAAGAUAUAGCCUUUAUUUUGGCUGUAACCGAAGUUGUAUUAAAUCCAAAACAUCCAAAAAUAUCAAUUAGAGACACUGCUUUACGAAAAAGAUAUAAUGCUUACUUGGAUUGUCUUACUAAUUUAAAAGAAGUAUCUAUGAAUACUACUAAAUCCAUUAGAAUUGAAGAACUUGGUGGUAAAGAAUCAGAUAAUACUGAUAUCGAACCUGAAACUGAAGAUGGAAGUGAUGCAAGUAGCGAUCAUGAAGACUUAGUGGGUAAUAAUUGUGAAAAUCUAGCAAAUAACGAUCAUGAAGGUUUUUCUGGUAAUAAUUAUGAAGACUUUGCGGAUAAUGAUCAUAUGGAUAAUGAUGAUAUUUCUGCGCAACAAGAAUUAAUUUAG